UGACGUGUAAGUUCAAAGGGUACAGAUGCCAUGUGUUUUUUGUUGAACAUUGUAUCGCGAAGGAAAAAUGAGGCCUUUAACAGAAGAAGAGACGAAGAUUUUCUUUGAAAAACUUUCUAAAUACAUCGGUGAAAACAUCAAGAUGUUGAUUGAUCGUCCUGAUGGGACUUACUGCUUCCGUUUCCAUAGGGAGAGGGUUUACUAUGUGAGUGAACUCAUCAUGAAGAGGGCAGCUAACAUCAGCAGAGAGAAUUUAAUCAGCUUUGGAUCCUGUUUUGGAAAAUUUACAAAAACAAUGAAGUUCAGGUUACAUGUGACAGCAUUAGAUUUUCUUGCACCGUAUGCAAAAUUCAAAGUGUGGGUGAAGCCAGGCUCAGAGCAGUCCUUCCUGUAUGGAAAUCAUGUAUUGAAAAGUGGCCUAGGAAGAAUUACAGAGAACACUGCAAAAUAUCAAGGUGUCAUUGUAUAUUCAAUGUCUGAUAUUCCACUGGGAUUUGGUGUAGCAUCAAAAUCAACUCAGGAGUGUAGACACACAGACCCUAUAUCAAUUGUUGUUUUUCAUCAAGCAGAUAUUGGAGAGUAUCUUAGAAACGAGGAAACAUUGACUUGAACACCAACGUAUAAAAAAACUGAUAAACAUCUGAGCAAGUUGUACUCUAUUCAAGGAUUAAACAUCAGUGACUUCUGCUAUAGACAGAUCCAAUUAGAAGAGGGCGCUCUCCACUGGCACCGCCAUUGCUGGGGACAUCCUUUGGCCCUCCUGUGUGCAUGUCAGGUAGAUUAUGAUAAAAACAAAAUACUUAAUGUACUAUAGAUCUGAAAUGUACAUUUUAUAGCAGAUGAUGCAUAAAAAUCCCCCACUGAAUCCUCAGCUAUGGCAUCUGUAGAGGGCGAUUAAUUACUCUGGAUCGAUCAGUCUAUACUCAACACUGAUGACAACUGAAUGUUAUAAUUUUGUAAUAAGCAUCUCUCCUAGCUCUCUACUUCAAUCAAGCAUUAUUCACACCUUCUUUGUUUCAAAGGAAAACAAUAGAUCACCGACAAUUACCAACUCUAUUUAACACCAACAUAAGUCGUCUUUUAUCAUUCUCCUGAUGACGGUCAGAGCAAUCUUACCGAAACGUCGAGACAACCAACCAGUGGUUUUUACCUUUAAUAAAAACCAUAUUCUUUUAUUUUAUUUUACACAUGGUGUACCGAAAGUUUGUUUUAUGUUUAUUGAUAUUCGCCAUGCAAACCUUCAAGAAAUAUUAAGCAUCCAUUUAUUAUAGCAUCCUGGACUGAUUUAUCAUUGCAUAAGCUAAUAUUGAAUUUGUGGAUAUUACAGCACAACAUCAGUGAUGGUUAGCUACUGUCUGUAUCGUCAAACACGUGCCGACCAAUCUCGGCCGGCCAUCCUUAGAUUCCCCAAUUUGCAUUGUUGACACACUGUGAAAUGGAUCAAGCUAUGUUUUAGUUGAAGCUUCAAGUAUUUCAUGGCAUAUACAUUAAACACUGUAUACCGUAAAUGCUCAAAUAAGCGCCACGGAGCUUAUCAAAUUUAUGGAGGCUUUAGUGCGGCGCUUAUUCAAGAGUGGUGCUUAUUCUAGAGCAGUGCCUAUAUAAUAAUAUUGUUGUGCUAUUUUCAAAACCCAUGCCAUGUUCACAACCUCGCUCAUUCCCUUAGUUCAGUAGGCCUACCGUAGGUCCCACGUUAUCAUAAAUAAUUGUUUAUAUAAAGAAAUGCUUGUGUCUUCAUUGUGUUAUUAGUUAGUCAUUUUAACACUGUAUACAUUGUAUUUAAAACCUUGUUUCUCAAAGUGUUUCAUUACACAGAGGGUAACUCUCGAUUAAGUGCCGCAGCGAUUAUUUGGUAGUGGCACUUAGCUUUGAAAAUCAAGUUUGGUGCGGCCCUUAUUUAAGCAUUUACAGUAAUGUAUGUUUGGGGUUGAUUUCAAUAAAAAGAAAAUCGUACUCAAUUA